AUGGCUCCUCAAAGCUUGGCGCUGUGGCUGCUGCUGGUGGGCACAGUGCUGUCGCAGGGCUGCUGUCAGCACUGGUCAUAUGGACUGAGCCCGGGAGGGAAGAGGGAGCUGGACGGCCUCUCGGACACGCUGGGAAACAUAGUCGAAGGCUUUCCCGCCUGCAGCGUUCUGGGCUGUGCAGAGGAAUCUCCUUACCCCAAAGUUUACAGGAUGAGGGGAUUUCUUGACAGUGUCUCCAACAGGGAAAAUGGACACAGAACAUAUAAAAAAUGA